AUGGCCGCGACGACGGCAACUCUCCGGUGGCGGGUGAUGGCGGCGUCGGCGGCGCUGCGGGUGGCGCUGGUGGCGUACGGGGAGUGGCAGGAUGCCCACCUGGAGGUGCGGUACACGGACGUGGACUACCUCGUCUUCUCCGACGCGGCGGCCUCCGUCGCCGCCGGGGGUUCCCCGUUCGCGCGCGCCACCUACCGCUACUCUCCGCUCCUCGCCUUCCUCCUCCUCCCCAACUCGCUCCUCCACCCCGCCUGGGGCAAGCUCAUCUUCUCCGCCGCAGAUUUGCUCGUUGGGUUGUUCAUCGACACCAUUCUGAGAUUACGGGGGGUCCCGGAGAAGACGCGGAUCUGGUCCGUGGUGGCCUGGCUGUUCAACCCCUUCACGUUCACCAUUGGCACCAGGGGGAACUGCGAGCCCAUAGUCUGCGCCGCUGUGCUCUGGGUCCUCGUAUGCUUGAUGAAGGGUAGAGUCCUGCAGGCAGCAUUCUGGUAUGGGCUGAUUGUGCAUUUCAGAAUAUACCCAAUUAUAUAUGCUGUACCCUUCAUUAUAGUUCUUGGCAAGAAUUAUGCUGGUCCUGCUGAUAGGCCUAUCCUAACAGAGUGGAGUUCCAAACAACAGUUACAAAGUGACAAAACCAGUGAGAAUGUGGAAGAACCAACAUCGCUCUUGGCCAGUCUAUGGAUAUUUCUUAGUAGCCUCAUAACAAGAAACACUAUACUGUUUGGGUUAUUCUCAGGAUCUAUGUUCUUUGCUUGGACCGGUGUUUUUUUCUACCUCUAUGGCUGGGACUUUCUAAAUGAAGCAUUACUUUACCAUCUUACGCGGACUGAUCCAAGACAUAAUUUCUCGAUAUAUUUCUAUCACAUAUAUCUGCACCAUCAGCAAGGGUUCUCGAGCAUACAGAAGCUUGCUUCAUUUCUGCCGCAGCUGAUCGUGCAAUUGGCACUCAUCUUGCGGUUUUCUAGGGAUCUUCCAUUCUGCCUGUUUCUCCAAACAGUUGCAUUUGUUGCUUUCAACAAGGUGAUGACGGCGCAGUACUUUGUGUGGUUCUUCUGCCUUCUGCCCCUCAUUCUCCCCUGGACAAGGAUGAAGCUGAGGUGGAAGGGCCUGGCCUGCAUGCUGGUGUGGAUGGGGUCCCAGCUGCACUGGCUCAUGUGGGCUUACCUGCUCGAAUUCAAGGGCCGAAACGUCUUCGUGCAGCUCUGGGUCGCAGGCCUCGUUUUCCUGGCUGCAAACACCUUCGUCAUGAUCAUGGUGAUCAGGCACCACAAGUACACCCAGCUCUUCUCGGUGUCGGCAAAGUCUGGGAGCAAGGUUGCUGCCAAAAAGGAAUAGCUAUGUGGCUAUAUACUAGUUUCUUUCUUCUCUCUUUGUCGUCAGAUGAUGUGUUGCCUUGUUAGAACAUCGCUCCUGAUAGUUUGAUGUACCUGAUCUUCCUUGAGUUGUAUCCUGUAACUUUGAUUGUAGGGCAUAUAAAUGACAAGCUUGCAAUUGGAAUUUUGAUUGGAAUUUUAGGAUAUAAACUGGCAAAUUUGUACUGUAAA